AUGGGAAGAUUAGUAGGAUUGGAACUUUUCAACUUCAAGUCUUAUAAGGGCAAAUGUUCUAUUGGAUUUGGAACAAGUUGUUUCACGUCUAUCAUUGGUCCUAACGGAGCAGGGAAAUCUAAUAUGAUGGAUGCCAUUUCAUUUGUGUUAGGUAUCAAAUCUUCACAGUUGAGAUCCCAGAACAUGAAAGAUUUAAUAUAUAGAGGGAGACUUGACAAUGAUGUGGAUGAUGUGGAACAGGAGUUCAACAAUGACCCAACUAGGGCCCACGUAAAAAUCAUUUACGAAAAAGAUGACGGUGAAAGAAUGGAAAUGAAACGAUCUAUAAAUUCAACUGGAGCUACAGAAUAUAGAAUCAAUAAUAAAGCUGUAACGUCUUUACAAUAUUCGGCAUUAUUGAAACAAGAAAAUAUCUUGAUCAAAGCAAGAAACUUUUUGGUAUUUCAAGGAGAUGUUGAACUGAUAGCUUCUCAAUCACCUAAAGAUUUAACCAAGCUCAUUGAGAAUAUUAGUGGAUCUAAUGAAUAUACCAAAGAAUUUGAAGAUUUGAAAGAGGAAUUGGAAAAAGCUCAUGAAUAUUCCAAUUCUGUAUUUUCAAGAAAGAGAAAUUUGAGUUCAGAAUCCAAACAAUAUAAGGAACAAAUGUUAGAACAAGAAAUGUUUACAAGAAAAUUACUUGAUAAAUCUAAUUUGAUCAAAAUAAUUCAUUUAUAUAAAUUAUACCAUAACGAAAAGAAACAUAAUGACUUACAAAUAUCAAUUGACAACAAGAGGAGUGAACUAGAAGAAAUGAAUAAGAAAUUAGCAAAAGAAGAGAAGGCUCAUUCAAAGCUUAUUGUAGAAUAUUCUAAGAGUUCAUUAAACUUGAAGUCCGAAAAACUGAAAAGUGAAAAAUUAGUUGAAACCAUCGAUUCCCAAAAGAGAAGAAUCAUUCCAUUUGAAUCUAACAAGAAAUCUAUCUUGAGUAAAAUAAAUAAUACUAAAUCGAAGAUUAAGGAUAUUGUUAAUGAAAUCAAAAACCAAGAGGCUGUCAUCAAGAACUACGAACUUAAAUUGAAAGAAGCAACAAAACUCUAUAAGAAUUUUGAGGAUAAGAUCAAUGCAUCAGUUUCUUCAUUACCCACUGAAGCUCAUGAUGAAUAUGAAAAUUUAAGAUCUGAAUUUUUAGCCAAUGGAGGUUCCCAACUUGAAGAAGAAUUAAGUUUGUUGAAUAAUGAAAAAGACACAAUUGUUAAUGCCAUCAAGAAUUUUGAAAAUCAAAUCGAUAAUUCUAAUUCUACUAUUCAUAAUGCCGAAUCACGUGAUAAAAAUGAGUUUAAAAAUAAAUUGGAUUCCAUAAAUUCUGAAAUUAAUGAACUCUUAGCUACAAGGAAUGAAAAGAUCUUAUUAAAAGACGAACUCCUUUCAAAAAUUGAUACUUGUAAUGAUAAGGAAUUAAAAUUGAAUUCAGAAUUGAGAGAAAUAUUGGUGAAACUUGAUGAUUUGAGUUCUAAACAAAGAGAAUCCAACAAACAAAAGAAAUUAAGAGAAAAUUUAUCCAUGUUAAGGAAUUUGUUACCGGAACAUUCCAUAAAGGGAUUUGUCUAUGAAUUAAUCCGUCCAAGUCAAACUAAAUAUGAAGAUGCAUUAAUCACUUUAUUGGGAAGACAUAUUGAUUCAGUAAUUGUUGAUACAUCCGUAACAGCAUUCAAAUGUAUUGAAAUUUUGAAGGAGAAAAGAGCCGGGAUUGCUACUUUCAUACCUUUGGAUUCCAUUAACAUCAACUCUAUAAAUUUGAAUUACUUGAGAUCUAUUCAUCCAAAAGCUCAACCUGGUGUUGAUAUUGCUGAUUAUGAUGAUAAUUCUUUGGAGCAAGCAGUGCAAUAUAUGAUUGGAGAUGCUUUAGUAGUUGAUGAUUUAACCACUGCUAGGAAAUUAAAAUGGGGCCACGAAUUCAAAUUAGAUAACAAAUUAGUUACAAUAGAUGCAUCUUUAAUCAACAGAACAGGUCUCAUGACAGGUGGUAUCAAUAGCAAAAGAUAUAAUGCUUCUGUGACUUGGGAUAAACAAGAGUUAAAGAAAUUGUCUGAAGUUAAGGAUGAUCUUAUGAUUGAGAUCAAUAAGGUGAAUGCCGAAAAGCCUAAAGAAAUGGAGAUUAACAUGAUAACAGAAUCGAUAAUCGAAUUGGAUGAUUCUUUGCCAGUACUCAGAAAUCAAAAGGAGAACCUUGAAAGAUUAUUGAAGGAUAAAAAUACUGAAAUUUCCUUCUUGAAAGACUCUGUAGAUAAAGUCAAAGAAUCCAUCAAACUUAAGAACGAAGAUUUAGCAGAGGUUGAUGGUAAGAUCAGUAAUGUUGAAAGACAAAUUAAAGAUAUCUCAAAAGGAAUAUUCAGUGACUUCUGCAAAAAAUUCAAGUUUAAAAAUGGUAUUGAAGAUUAUAUUAACAUUCAUGGAGCUUCACAGAGAAUAAGAACCAAAGAAAGGACACAAUUUUUGAAAGCCAUUUCAACAUUGAGUAAUCAAUUGGAAUUCGAGAAGGGAACUCUUAAUGAAUUAAUUUCUAGAAAAGAGUCCUUAGAAGAAGUUUUGAGUGAAUUAGAUUCGAAAUUCAAUGAGAAUAUUGACGUUAAAGAACAACUUGAAGUUGAAUUGGAUGAAAUUAUUGCAGAAUAUCAAAUAUUGAAGGAAGAUAUCACCAAAUUUGAAAACAAAUUAUCUGAAAAACAAAAAAGCAUCAAUGAAAUAGAGUCCAACAUCAACGAAAUCAAAACGGAUGUUACCAACGUAGGAAAUUCUAUUUUAUCAAUCAAUGAAUUAGUUCUUAAAGUUGAUAUUGAAAGAGUGAACAUGUUGAAAAACUGUCAAGUUGAAAAUAUCUUACUUCCGUUGAAAGAUGGAUUCUUGGAUCAAAUCUCUUUAAAUGACACAAUUGAAGAAUUAGCCAAAGAAAUUUAUGAGAAAGUGGAAAUUGAAUAUGAAUUACUCAAUGAUAAACUUAGAGAAAGUUAUAAUAGCAAAGUUGAAGCAGAAUUAUCUGUAAAGUUAGAACUGAUCAUUGAAGAUUUGGAAAAAUUAACUCCUAAUGCCAAGGCAGCUGAAAGAUUGAAAGAUACUGAAAACAGAUUGAGAGAUUUCGAUAAAGAUUUCACCAAAGCUAGACAAAAGGAAUCUAAAAUUAAUGAAAAAUUCAAUGAAAUCAAAGGUUUAAGACAUGAAAAGUUCAUGAACGCAUUUGAACAUAUUUCUGGUAGAAUUGAUUCUAUUUAUAAAGAAUUGACUGCUAACAGUUCGGCUCCUUUAGGUGGUUCGGCUUAUUUGACUCUUGAAGAUGAAGACGAGCCAUAUUCUGCAGGUGUUAAAUAUCAUGCUAUGCCUCCACUGAAGAGAUUCAGAGAUAUGGAAUUACUUUCAGGUGGUGAAAAAACCAUAGCUGCAUUAGCCUUAUUAUUUGCAAUUCAUUCCUUCCAACCAUCACCUUUCUUCGUUCUUGAUGAAGUUGAUGCUGCCUUAGAUUCCUCCAAUGUUAAUAAGAUUGCCAAUUAUAUUAAGAAGAUUUCUAGUCCAACAUUUCAAUUUAUUGUUAUAUCAUUGAAGAACACCUUAUUUGAGAAAUCUGAUGCCUUGGUUGGGAUAUAUAGAGAACAAAGUGAGAAUAGUUCAAGAACUUUGACUCUCGACUUAAGGGAAUAUCCUGAAGAGGAGAAUCCCAUUGUAGGAGCUGCGGCUUAA